AUGUACCAUACGCAUAUUCUGCGUUCCCGCUUCCGCGGCGCAGCAGCAUCGACAUCAUGGUCCACAUUAGGCCCUCAAGCACAGCCUGCUCAUCAAGCUAAGACCAGGUUUCAUGCACAUUUCCUCAAAACCGCUCCUUUAUUAUCAAGGCCUCUCAGCGGUUGGUCAUGGUCUACCACACGGACUGGCGGUGGUCCUCCCCUCAGGUCUUCGGAAAAAUUAGCUGGUCGAACAUGUAUGAUCACAGGCGGCACAUCUGGCAUUGGAUUCGCCAUUGCAGAGCGAUUCCUCCAAGAAGGUGCCAAGCGCAUCAUUCUCGUUGGCAGAUCCCAUGAACGGCUCGUCAAAGCUGCUUCUAGAUUAGAGGCGCCUACAUCUGGGAACGCGUUCGCUGGCGUCCAGUCAAGCAGUGAUAGCAUCGUUGGCGAAGUAGCAACUAAAGCCCCAGAAACAGAUCAACAACCCCGAAACAAAGAUACGCAGGCAAAGUCACAUGGUACACUGAUCGACUCCUCGAGUAGAAUCAGUCUCCUCGUCGGUGAUAUAUCAGAAGCCGGGAAGUGGCUGCGCGAAUUGGAGAAGGCAAUGCAACCAGUCGACAUCCUCGUCAACGCUGCAGGCAUCUCCAUCUCGAACAUCCUCCCCAAACUUGAACCAGAUGAUAUCUCGCGCGUCCUUCGCACGAAUCUGGAGGGCGCAAUGCUAACCUCGCGAGCUCUCGUGCGCGCCUCGAUCCGCAGGGGCACCGGCGCGGUACCUUAUGCUGCAUCCAAGGCUGGCAUCCUUGGACUGACGCGCUCAUUGGCUGUGGAAGCUGCCCAUUCCCUCCGGGGCGUUGUAAUUCGUUCCAACGCGAUAGUUCCGGGGUAUAUAGAAACGCCAAUGAUUGCUGAUUUCAGCGAGGGCGAAACCUCCAGACUGAAAGAGAGUAUUCCUGUUCGGAGGUUUGGUACUCCGCAUGAAAUUGCGGAUGCGGCUGUGUUCCUGGCGCAGAAUGAAUACGCGAACAACUGCGUCCUCAAUCUGGACGGUGGUUUGAGCGCGUCCUGA